GGUUAACUGGAGCGGCCUUUCUCGUCCUGUGUGUUUUACGGCCUCCCUUUCUCGGCUGUCUAAACGGAGUUACUCCGCUCUAAACCCAUUACGCUGUUUAGGAUUGCGGUGUUAGCCGUUUAAUCCGCCCUCCCGCCAGCCCCUUGAAACGACGGGCUUCCACGUUCCCAAAUGUAAAGGCGCCGCCGCCGCCGCCCUCUCCAGCCCUGCUUCCUUCUCCAUCCGCACGGCGAGAAAGGCAAGCCCCCACGGCCUGAACUUUUGCCCCAGCGAACCUGCCGGCCUUUCCGCCGCCCCGAGCCUCGCUUGCUGCAAAGCCUCCCGCCUAGGCGGCGGCGCUGGCGAGCCCGAGGAGGGACGCGUCUGCUCGCCACACGACAGCGGGGCUGCUGCUGCUGCUGCUGCAAGAGAGGCCGGCGAUGGCGAGCACCGCAGAGUCCCCCUCGCCCGGGCCGCUGCGCUGGACGUCGGCGGCCUCGCUGGUGGUGUGCGCGGCCCAGUUCGGCCUGUGCUGGGCGCUCGGCCGGUGGCUGGGCCGGCGCCACGGGAGCUCGCGGCUGGACGGCUGGGCGCUGAGCUGGCUGUGCUACGACGCCCUGGUCCACGCCACGCUGGAAGGCCCAUUUGUUUACCUUUCUUUGAAGGGAAGUGUUGCAGAAUCCAACAGCAUAAUUGCAUCUCUGUGGAAGGAAUACGGCAUAGCAGAUGCAAGAUGGCUACAUUCUGAUCCUACUAUUGUCUCACUGGAAAUACUGACUGUUUUUCUGGAUAGCCUUCUGGCAUUGAUCCUCAUUUAUGCUAUUCUUAAACAGAAGCAUUACAGGCACUUCAUUCAGAUAACGUUGUGUGUUUGUGAAUUAUAUGGUGGAUGGAUGACCUUUUGUCCAGAGUGGCUCAUUGGAAGCCCCAGUCUCAACACUAGUCAGUGGCUUUAUCUUUGGGUAUAUCUGGCAUUUUUCAAUGGUGUAUGGGUAGUUAUUCCUGGACUUCUGCUAGUGCAGUCCUGGGUAGAGUUGAAGAAGAUGCAUCAUGAGAGAUCAGACAGGAAAAAACAUUAAUGAGCAAGGCAUUGGGACAACUGUUGUUGUGACUUCAGCUGCAUUCCUUCUGACAGAUACUCCUCCCCUCCCCAGCCAAGCUGUCCCCGUGUCAAUACAUGGUGCGUAACUAUGUGCCCAGGCUGUUUACUUAUCUGCAGCCUAAGUCCUCUGCGUGUACAGUGGCUUGUAUUCGAGUGUCUACCCCAGUAGUACACUGGUAGCAGAAGGAAGUGUGGACUGCUAGUUAACCAUCUAGUUUUACUGAAUAAUUGGAGCUCUUCUACUUAAGACAAAUCUUCUCUCUCACUUUUGCCUGCAUGUACAAAGUUGCGGUUAGCCCCACUGAGAUAUAUAGCAUGAGAUUUGAGGAUUUCUAAUUUACACUUGGGAAAAUUACAUAGGGGAAUCCUACUGCAGCAGUUAAAUUUUAUGUCCUCUGCAGUAGCAUUGAAUUAAAAAGUGAUCACAGAUGUCCUGUGUAGUAUGUAUUCUCGUUGUUGCCAUUUAAUUAAUACAGCAAAAUAACGUUAAGCCCAUCACCCAUAAUGGACAAUAGAUACAUCACAUCCCCUUCCACUUUUGAAAUAAGAUGAAUUGCCACAAUCAUUCCUUUAAUGAUCUGCAGUGAUCCAGUUCUGGUACCUGUUCUCUUUCCAUCUUUCUUUCUCUAAAACUUACAAAGGUCUUCUCUUUAGCAUCUACAGCUUGUUCAGUCUCCUAGCACUUAAACAUGCCUGUUAUUCCAAUCCUUUUCUCAAUUCACAUCAUGUUUAAUCCCUCCAAGUAGCCCAGGUGAGCCUGAUCUUGUCAGAUCUCAGAAGUUAAGCAGGGUCAGUCUUAGUUAGUAAUUGGAUGGGAGACCUCCAACAAAGACCAGCAUUGCAGAGGCAGGCAAUGGCAAACCACCUCUGUUAGUCUCUUGCCACGAAAAGCCCGCCAGGGGUCGUCAUAAGUCAGCUAUGACUCCAGGGCACUCUCCACCACAGCUGCAUCUCAAGGUGGCUUCACACAUAUUUCUAAGGCAUAACCCUUAAAAUACUAAUUUUUUUGGUCUAAAAACAACAUAUGUGCCUUUAGCCAAGCUUGAAAAGAUUAUAUUUGUCCGAGUCUUAGACUUGACCAUGGCUCCUUGUCACAUAUACACAAAGAAGAAAGGCCCUGUCUACAACAUCUAAAUCAAGAACUCAACAGCGGGGAUCUUUCCAUUGUGGUACCCAGCUUGAAUGCUGAAUAAAACCCUGGAAGAAUGACAAAGCAGUAGGGUUCACUUGCACUGCACCCAACCAUUGUCCGCUAGUGUACGGUUCAGCAGAUGCUUUAGGCUGAUCCUGCACUGGGCUGGACUAGAUGGUCUGUAUGGCCCCUUCCAACUCUAUGAUUCUAUGAUCUCCAGGGUCUCAGGCAGAGGUCUUUUCUCAACACCUACAGCCAGAUCUUUUUAACAGGAGAUGCUGGUGGAGGGUAAACCUGGGACCUUCAACAUGCCGAGCAAAUACUUGAUUACUUAACCAUGGGCCCACUUUGGAGAAAGGAAUUCUUUAACCAUAAGUCUCAGCUAUACAAAAGGCUGUUCGUGGGACAGAAGGACACAACCAUUCUCAAGCGCUUAAUGUCCUUUAAAUGAAGCGUGCAAGUCACAGUUUUGUUUAUACGCAACUGACACUUUAAGUUGCCUUUGUUCUGCUUUUCUUUAAAUGUGCGACAGUGAAAAGUAAUAGAAUUGUAGCAAUAACUGAAGUUUGGGAAGUCUACACUAGCCUUGAAAAUUAUGUUCAUUCACAAACUACUGAUUUGCAUUAAAGGUUUUCUCUUUUUAAUGCUGCUUUUGAUAGGAAAUAAGGGAUCAACGAUAAAAAUGUUUUGUAAAGUAAAGUGAUAAAGACUGUUUUGACAAAUUAAUUGUUAGAUAACCUUUCUAAUAACUCUUUGUGGAAAGGGGUGUUGUAUGUGUUUCUUUUAAUAAAGUUUGUUCUUUACAAAC